AUGGCACCCGGCGUAGGAGGCUACCGCCAGAUCAACAAGGCGUUGAAUAUUUGCGCCUUCGAGGACUAUCUAGAGACCCAGCAGACACGCCUACCGCCGUUACUGGACGUGGAGCAGAUUAGCCCACGGGUGAUCCGGGUGCUCGGACAGAACCCCGGGAAGUUCACCCUUCAGGGGACAAACACAUAUAUCGUCGGCACAGGAACUAAGCGCCUCAUCAUCGACACGGGCCAGGGCAUCCCAGACUGGGCCGACCUGAUAUCACACACCUUGUCAAACGAAGGCCUCUCACUCACGCACGUACUACUCACGCACUGGCACGGCGACCACACAGGCGGCGUGCCAGAUCUGAUUCGGCUGUACCCGCACCUUGCGGGGGCCAUCUUCAAGCACACGCCAAGCAGGGUUCAGCAGCCCAUCGUCGACGGCCAGAUCUUCAAGGUCGAGGGCGCCACCGUCCGCGCGGUGCACGCCCCGGGUCACUCGCACGACCACAUGUGCUUCGUGCUUGAGGAGGAGCAAGCCAUGUUCACAGGCGACAACGUGCUGGGCCACGGCACCGCCGCCGUCGAGCACCUCCGCACCUGGAUGGCCACGCUGCGCCUGAUGCAGUCGUACGGUUGUGUCAAGGGAUACCCCGCUCACGGCGCCGUCAUUGCUGAUCUGAAGGCUAAGAUUGAGGGUGAGCUGGCCAUGAAACUCCGCCGUGAGCGACAGGCGCUGCAAGCGCUGCAGGCCGCGAAUGACGGCGGCCGUGGUGGUGGUGGCGGCAUGAAGGGCAGACUGACGGUCCAGGAGCUGGUCUCGGCCGUGUACGGAGAGAACAUGGACGACGGGGUGAGACAGCUGGUCUUGGAGCCUUUCAUGCAUGAGGUGCUCUGCAAACUGGCCGAGGAUGGGAUGGUGGGGUUUGAGAUGAAGGGGGGCGUCAAAAAGUGGUUUGGCAUUGGAUCGUCGCGUGGCAAGGGUCAGUUGCCUGGUUAA